AUGUCGAAGAAGAGAGGUCUUUCGUUGGAUGAGAAGCGCGAGAAGAUGCUUCAAAUAUUUUACGACUCUCAAGAUUUCUUCCUUCUAAAGGAGCUUGAGAAGUCAGGCCCAAAGAAAGGUGUUAUUUCUCAGUCUGUGAAAGAUGUGAUCCAAAGUUUAGUGGAUGAUGACCUUGUUUUCAAAGACAAGAUAGGAACCUCUGUGUAUUUUUGGAGUCUUCCUAGCACUGCUGGAAACCAGCUUAGGAAUGUGAAUAGCAGACUUGAAUCUGAUCUCAAAAGCAGUAAGAAGCGUCAUGCAGAACUUGUUGAACAGUGUAAUGCUCUGAAGAAGGGACGUGAGGAUUCUGAUGAACGAGAUGAGGCCUUAGCUGAUCUAAAAGCCAUAGAGCUAAAGUAUAAUGAGCUGAAGGAUGAGAUGGCGCAGUAUGCAGACAAUGAUCCAGCGGCCUUUGAAGCAAUGAAGAAAGCAAUUGAAGUUGCCCAUACAGCAGCUAAUCGAUGGACAGACAACAUUUUCACAGUGCGCCAGUGGUGUUCAAAUAACUUUCCGCAGGCCAAAGAGCAGCUUGAGAACUUGUACAACGAGAUUGGAAUAACAGAGGACUUUGACUACAUAGAGAUGACACCAGCUCCACUGAGCUCAAUUAUUGGGUUUCAUUGUUUACUAUGUCAUAUGGGUAUGAAACACCAGCAGCACAACCAGCCCCCGUCGCCCAUCCUUCCCUCAGCCAUACACCAGUCAUUACCUGUUACCUUCAUUUCCUCUUUUGCAGUUUUUUUUAAACAAACCCACACCACCGUCUUCCGUUCCGAUGUUACUACAUCAGGGUGUUUGUAUCCUCCUGAUCAGAAUUAG